AAUCGCUUUGACUGUACAAACACACAGAGCGGCGGCGUCAAAUGAAGCCCUCCAUCAGUGCAAAACUGCAAAUACGGACGUUUAAACCAGAGUCCUAAACCGCACGUUCUCACCUCGCCAGCUCAGAACGCUGCAGACCUUACCGGAUGUGAAACACGGAGCGGGAUAGCACACACACACACACACACUCGGGUAGAGAUUGAAAUGGGCGACAGCUGCAGGAAUGGAAAGAGACGAAUAUUGACAGCAGUGCCGAGUGAAGGCGACCGAUGAGGAUGAUGAUGAAGAGUGAAAAGUGAAGCUUUCAUUCUGACGGUCUGCAUCUCUUCGGUCACGGCCAUCUCGCCGUUUAACACCAUCCUGUUCAGAGAUGAUGAAAGCAUUUUCCUCACUACAGUCCCUUGUGUGGUGUCACUGGGCCAUGGUUCGCAAGAAAGGAUCUCUUAUUUUGUGUGGAGCAUUUCUGUUUGUCGCCUGGAAUGCCUUGCUCCUCCUCUUCUUAUGGGGGAGGCCUCCCAUUGGCCGAUUUGGUGAGGGAGGCGGAGCUGAACCAGGGGCCGGAGAGGAAUGGGGAGCAAAAGUGGGUGGAACUAACGGAUUGGCCGUUGAAGUGAUCAGAUUGGCCGAAGAAGUAGAAUCGGAACUGGAGACUCAGAAGAAGCUCCUCAAACAGAUACAGAGUCACAGGGAACUAUGGGAACAGCGGAAAGAAUUGGGAAAGAGGGAAUCUGAGGACACAAAAGAUGAAAAGAACAUUGAGCAGCCGAAAAAACUUCAGCAGAUUCCUGCAGUUCCUCUAAGUCAUAAAAUUGUAGAUGAUACAAAAACUGUUACGAAAAAAACACAGACGCUAAUGGUUACGCCACCUCGGCUGGUCACGAAGGAGCAGAAACUGGACCAAGAGAACAAGCAAAUUGCGGAAAAUGAAGUAGGCCUUACUAAGCCAAGCCCUCAAAUCAUUAUCCCAAUUCUCGUCAUUGCCUGUGACAGAGUAACGGUGAAGAGGAGUUUGGAUAAAUUGAUACAGUACCGUCCUUCUGCUGAGCUUUAUCCAAUCAUUGUCAGCCAGGACUGUGGCCAUGCAGAUACGGCAAGGAUGAUUGGCUCCUAUGGCAGUCAGAUAACCCACAUCAGCCAACCGGAUCUUGCAGACAUUCCAGUGCGACCUGAUCACAGGAAGUUCCAGGGUUACUACAAGAUCUCCAGGCACUACCGUUGGGCUCUGAACCAAGUGUUCAAUGUCUUUGCUUACUCCACAGUGGUCAUUGUGGAGGAUGACUUGGAGGUGGCCCCAGACUUUUUCGAGUAUUUCCGUGCGCUCUACCCCAUAUUGAGUUCGGAUCCGACUCUGUGGUGCAUUUCCGCCUGGAAUGAUAAUGGACGGGAUGGGCUGGUCGACCCGGGCAAGGCUGACCUCCUUUACCGGACCGAUUUCUUUCCUGGCCUUGGAUGGAUGCUUUUGAAGGAAGUCUGGGCAGAGUUGGAGCCCAAGUGGCCCAAAGCAUUCUGGGAUGACUGGAUGCGGCAACCCGAGCAGCGGAAGGACCGCUCGUGCAUUCGUCCCGAGAUCUCGAGGACUAUAACUUUCGGCCGAAAAGGCGUCAGUUUGGGUCAAUUUUUUGACCAGUAUCUGCGCUACAUAAGACUCAAUACUGAAUUUGUGCCUUUCACUAAACUGGACUUGUCCUACUUGGUCAAGGAGAAGUACGAUGAAAUCUUUGAAAAAGAAGUGUAUAUCGCCCCUUUGGUGAAGGUGGAGGAACUACAACAAGGUGGAAGCCUGAAAGGUUCUGGGCCAUUUCGAGUUCAGUACUCCAGUAGAGACAGCUUUAAAGUGCUGGCCCGCAACUUGGGAGUUAUGGACGAUUUGAAGUCAGGGGUUCCCCGUGCCGGUUACAGGGGCGUAGUCAGCUUCAUAUCCCGUGGACGAAGAAUUUAUCUGGGUCCCCCUGAGGGCUGGACUAAAUAUGACACCAGCUGGAGCUGAGGAGGAUGAGGUUUGGACCACAAAAGACAAGAAAUAGAAAACUCACAACUAUUAUUACAAGUGAAGGAGAGAAACGCCCUCUCAAACCAAAGAAAACAGAAGCAGGGUGUAAAACGUUGAGAAAAGCUAAGAUGUGAGUAUAAAAUAACUGCUGUUUUGUCAUGGAAAAACUUCCAGGCAUGCUGGGAACAGCACAAAAGGUGGUGCAUCGUAUUUGCGCAGCAAUCAUGCAACAAUCUUCCCUCAGAGAAAAUAGUGGAGUUACGCUGCAAACAGCUCUUAUGCAGAAUAGCUUAUUAUGACAUGAAGAAAAAUGAUCACAUUUUUUAUUAUUACUUGAUUUUAUUAUUAUUUUGCUUUUAACAUCAAUGCAAAAGGCAUACAAGAGGUCUUAUAUUUUAUCUUACCACAGUGUCUUUUGGGAGAAUCUCACGAUAACUCACAUUUAACUCCAAAAUCAAAAGAAAAGAAUAUUUUUAUAUUUACAUUGCAUACAUACAGAAGAAAGAUUAAGCCUGUUCUUGGGUCCAUCCAU